UUGCUGCGAUGUCUGAGGACAGGUUGCUUGUCCAGAUAGCGUCCUACAAUACAAAUCUCCAGGCCGACAGCGGCCUCCCCCAGGACCUUGUCGACUGGCUCUCCCCGACCCUCGAGGCGUCGACGCCUCGUGCAGCAGAGGUCACGCACCGCGCUCCAGACAUUGUCGCGGUUGGCUUCCAGGAGCUCCUUCCGCUGCACCUGGGAUUUGCAGGCCUAUCGUCCUCGGUAAUCGACAGCAGGAACGCUCUCAUCCUCUCCCAGAUCGAAGCGCACGCGCCCAACAAGGAGCGCUACUCGCUCAUCGCGAAAGAGGUCAACGUCGGCGUGGCGCUGCUAGUAUACGGUUUGGAUGAAGGUGUCGCGCGCACAGUGUGUGAUGUGGAGACGCAGUGGACGGGAUGCGGCCCCGCGUACAUGGGCAACAAGGGCGCGGUGGGCGUGCGGUUCCGCGUUCCGAGCGAGGAUGACGGUUUGGGCGAGGUGUACACUUUCGUCUGCGCGCACCUCACCGCCCAUGCUUGCAACCUCCACCGGCGUGUCCAGGAUUACCACCAUAUCGUCGGCACGCUGCUCUUCCCUCCUCUCCCCUCUUCCUCCUCUUCCACCAGCUCCAGCGCCCCCACGACGAUCUACGCCUCCUCCCACCUCUUCUUCUUUGGAGACCUCAACUUCCGACUCAGGAUCCCACCCACGCACCGCCUUGCCGCUCUCUCACCCGCAGACCUUGCACACGCACUGUCUGACGAGUCCACGAGGCGCGAGCUGGCGGAGUAUGACGAGCUCAGUGUCGAGCGAGACGUGAACCAGAGCGCAUUCGCCUGUCUGCGGGAGGGCGAGUUCUGGCGGUUCAUGUGUAGCUAUAAGUAUAAGCUGGGUGAGAUACAUGAGUUUGACUUAAAGCGGUUACCCGCCUGGACAGACCGCAUCAUGUACGCGACGUACACCGACUCUUCCGACAACUCAGAAGAGUCACACAUCAGCAACCUCCUAUAUACCACCGUGCCCUCAUAUACCACCUCAGACCAUAAACCCAUCGUAACUCUGCUCCUCCUCCCCCCUCCCCCCCCUCUUCCGUCCCCUCAAUCACCCACUCCACCUACCCUCCGCCUUCCACCCACCUACACACCGCGUCCCGACCCAUACGCACCGCUCAAGCGGUAUACCGGCCGAGUCCUAGGCCGGCUCGUCGGCUACUGCUGGUGCCUCCUCGUCUUCAUCGGCGCAGGCUCCGCAGCUCUCGGCGUCGGCAACUUUGUGCUCGGUCUCGGCGUGUGGGGGUGGUGGCGGUGGCGGGGUCAGCAGGAUGGCUCGCAGGCGGUAUAG